AUGCGCGCCGACAUCUGUGAGCUCGCCGCCGGAACCCUUCUGCCUAGGUUGGCAGCAGACAACAUCGACAUCCCUUCGCAGGAGCCCCCCGCCUUGACGAAAGACCGUGCUGCUCCGCAUCCUCAGCACGGUGCCUGUCACGCGAGGUUGGAGCAGCUACAGGCAGAACAGCUUUCGGGGAAGCGCGAGAUGGCAAUUCUUGAACGCAGCGUUGCGUUCCUGUCGCAUGUGAUGGGCUACACACCAGAGCAGGUGCGAGCUGCAGUGGUGCAACUCCUGCAAGACGGCGGCGGUGACGGACCCGGGCUGGAGAGCCCUGAGGACGCCGUUAAGUGUAUGGAUACGCGGGUGUCGCUUGCUGCAAGGUUCAUGGGGGAAGGAGCGCAGUUUCCAGCGAUUGCGGGAACACUCCCGCAACCCGGUACUAUACCGCACUGGGUGAUUUCCAGACAGCAGCAUUUGGCCGUUCAAGGCAUCCCCAGUGUGCAGAAGGGCAUGGAGGCCGGACAGCCAAGAAACUUGGCAGCUGCGCACCACGAGAGCCCCAGAGAGGGAGGCGAUGACGAGGACGUUGACUGGUCGAUUUAUACUGGGUUAUCCAUCGAGAAGUCAACUGGGAAGUGGGCGGCUAAGAUGUUGACGUGGGAAGGGGAGAAACGGCGGCAGCAUCGGCUCGGAGCGUACACAACCCCCAGGGAGGCCGCCCAGGUGUUUGCCGCUGCUGCUUUUGUGCUGCGGCCCGGUGUGGAGAUGGAGAAAACCAUCCCCUUGACAGAUGCACAAAAGGCGUUGUUGGAGGGGUGCGACAAGGAUGCGGUGGUGAAGCUCGUGGGGGCGCGCAUGUGGUGGCGCUGGAGGAAGUGGGCGACGGUGGUUUAG